CUGACUGAACACUUGACUAAUCGUUGAGACGCUCCCCCUACCACGCUGCCUUGCAUGUGCUUUGCCAUGAGUGUGUAGUCAUCUGAUUUAGAGGACUGAGAAGAGAGCGAGGCCAUGACGACGCUGCUCUGAAGACAUUUUUUAGGGUCUUGUACGGAAAAAAUAAAACCCUGUGUUAAUAUCGUUUGCAAGGGGCUCUGCAGCCAUGGUUUGACGCAGAAACUUGCCUGCUGCAGAAAUGCCUGGAGGCCAGUACCAGGUGGCGAGCGCCAGGCUCCACCACAGCCUCUACAGCCUGACGGACAGCUCUGAUGCUGGGCCUGAGGAUGAGGAGUCAGACAACCUCACUCCCCUGGAGAAGCUCACCAGAGAUAUGUGCAAGGACGAGCAGACCAUCAAGGAGCUGAUCAUAGGGCGCAGAAUUGGAUUCUAUAAGGUCCGCGGGGAGAUCGGCUACGGGACCUUCUCCAGGGUCAAACUGGCUUUCCACGCUCUGACGAGAGACAAAGUGGCUCUGAAGAUCCUGGAUAGGACGAGGCUGGAUGCUGAAGCCCAGCGUCUUCUCUCUAGGGAGAUCAGCAGCAUGGAGGCCCUGCACCACCCAAAUGUGAUCCGUUUGUACGAGGUCGUGGAAACGCCGAGACGCCUCCACCUGGUGCUGGAGUACGCAGGAGGAGGAGACCUCCACAGCAGGAUAUGCAGUGAGGGAAAACUGUCAGACAAUGCCAGCAAGAUCGCCUUCGCCCAGAUCCUCUCUGCCAUCAAACAUAUGCACAGCAUCAACAUCAUCCACCGGGACUUGAAAGCAGAGAAUGUCCUGUUCACCAUCGACGGCUGCGUGAAGGUGGCCGACUUUGGAUUCAGCACGCAGAUGUCAAACCGUAACAAUGCCCUGGACACCUUCUGUGGCUCGCCGCCCUACGCAGCCCCAGAGCUCUUCAGGGACGAGUCCUACCUGGGGCCUCCGGUAGAUGUUUGGGCAAUGGGAGUCCUGCUUUUCUUCAUGAUGACCGGCACCAUGCCGUUCCGUGCCGAAACCAUGGGCAAGCUGCGGCGCUGCGUCAUUGAAGGCAAUUACGCCAUCCCCCCCUGGGUGCCAGGCCCCUGUCAGAGGCUCAUAAAGGGCAUCUUGAAGCUGGUCCCCAGUGAACGAUAUGCUAUCGACCAGAUGCUGGGCUGUGAUUGGCUCUUACCUGUGGAGUUCCCCUGGUCGUUUCUCCCUUCCGACUCAAUGACCACCCUGCAGAGCCUGAUGGUCUCGGAGAACGCCAGCCUGGAAGAGGAAGUGGAGGAGGUCAGAAGCUCGCUGGAGAAGCUUGGCUUUACCGCAGAGCACCUGCAAAACAAUCAGCUGAAAGACAGCCGGAGUCCUGUCACCGGGGUCUACCGCAUCCUGCUUCACCAGGCCCAGAAGAAGAAGGGCUGCGACUCUCCCCCUGUAGUCCGAGGGAUGGUGAGAGACCCCAAGAGGGAGGGGCUCCGGGCAUACAGGGGCCUCAGGCACACCUCCAAGUUCUGUGUGCUUUCAUAAUAAAGCACUGCUUUUGCACAGACUUAUUUUAUACCAACUUGCAACAAACAGGAACAUUUUUAAGUGACUUGUAGCUUUUACAACUUUUAGCUUUUGAUAAAUUUGUUUCACUCCUCCUAAUGCAACUCAGGUGUCAACCUGCAGCAAUGCCCCAGACACCUUCUGCACUGUUUGGAAUACCCUAAAUAUUAAAUAAACAUGGAAGUGCCUAAUGAAAUUAAACAAAGGUAGUAAUCAA